UGAGUGUAUCGUAUGUACUUUUUACAAAUCGUAAAAAAAACAAAAUCUAUCGAAUGAUUGUUAAAAAAACAGAAGCACAACGUACAUUUCUUUCUCUUACGAUAGGUUACCAUGACAUAAUAUUUUCUCUUUAACGAUAUGUGGUUGAACUUUCAAUUUUUGAAGACACUUUAUGUUUUAAAUUCACAUGACGAAGGCAAGCGUCCUAUUCAAAUGCUACACGGUGACCCUUAACUAGCAAGAUAAUUAUUGAACAUUAUGACAUAUAUUGAAAGUUCUGUAAUAAGAAAAUAAUGAGUAAAAAAUCGCUUUUUUUGUACCAAAAAGGUAUUUGUGUGUUUCUUAUGAUUCAUACGGUUAUUGUUAGCAAACUUCCACGUAGUCAAUCUCUGGCUCAUUAUUUGUUCUAGAACCAACCGCAUUUCAACAGUUAUCAUUACCUUCUUGUGUUGACAGAGAGAUAGCUGACGAUUUGGGUAGUUUAAAUCAUAAAGCAUUAAUCGUCGCAAUAACGGACAAAGAUCGAACUCAGAAGAUCUUACCAUCAUCGCCACUACAGACAUCAUUGAUUCAUGAUAAAAAGGUUUCCCAACCCCUAAUUAUUGUACUUGAUGAAAGUGACGAUGAUGAUUGGGUUGUUACUCAAAAAGUUGUAAAGCCGAAUAACACAGAAACGCCUGAGAAUAAAAAUGAGAAAACGAUAGAAAUUGAUGAUACGAUUAGAACUACAUCUACUGAACAGUUAAAUAAUGAAUCUCAAGGAAUUAUCGAUACACAUGUUUCUACCACUAAUUGUUUAAUGUUAGCAAUGACGGAUACAGUAAUGAAGGAAAAUUUGAGAAUCAAAUCGGCAGCUACUUCGACAAAUUCUUUCGAAUUCGAAGAGGAUGUAAAUGAAUUAUCGUCUGCGAUAGAGAGUAAUACUCAAUUAAAUAAUAUGUGCUUUGACGUAAGCGAUACACCUGGUCCUGAAACGAAUAAACGAAAACAAAUGAUACCAGUCCAAAAUCAACGCAGAAAAAAAGGUAAAUGCUUCAUGUUUCAGACUGAAUUCACCGGUUUUCAAAAAUUUUCAAUGUCUUGUGAUCUGUAA